UCCUGGCUCCUAUCCCGUUUGAAAUUAAUUCCUUUUUAGCAUCAAGUCAUCCUUUUUUUAUUGUUUUGAAAGAUGCGUCUGAUUAUAUCGUCCUGUUUAAUUGUGGCCCUAAUUGCCAUCGUGACAUUUGGAGAGGCUCAACACUACCAGCAUCCAAACAGUCCGUAUGUUUUCCCCGGCUAUCCCAUGAUGAAUCGCCAACAACAAGACAGCCGCUUCUUCUUCAGCGGACUCUUUACCACGUUCACGUACACGGUGUCGACAACAACGGUCACCGCAACCGCUACAACCGUGACCACUUGUACAACGUCAUCAACGACCCUUAGCACUUGCACGGCCGGACGCAGACGCCGUGAUGAGCUUGGCGUCCGCAAUCCUCGCGGUCUCCUCUAUGAAGAAAAAGAAGAUGAUGUGGAAGAUGGAAGCGUUUCAUUGGCAUCGCAUACCUCCGAGACUGAAGCGAUCCGUAGCCCGAGACAAAUGGAAGUGCAACCCACUAUCCCCUAUGCCAUUCAACCUACAUUCGGAGCUUAUUAUACACCUGAAUUAGGUUACAAUAAUAUUCAUUCGGCUGUGCCACUUAGUCGGAUUUUCUUGGCAUUUGGCACGGCCACUGUGACGGUUACAUCGACUUCUACCUCUACGUCAAAGCUGACUGCCACCUGUAGCAGCACUACUGGUUUCUCAACCUGCACGUCAUAAAAAACGUAAAAUUCAAGCUUAUUAACUCCUACCUCACAUCUUAUGACCUCAAGUUCUCUCCUGCUCAAUUCUACGAUUAAAAUAACUUAUCGGAUUUAUAUUUAUGUGUUCUUUUUAUUCCUUAAAAGUUCAACAAAAUGAACUUUGAUUUUUAAUACACUUUUACGCAUUCAUA